UCAACGGCUCUAUAUCCACCGAGCUGACAGUCUACCGUGAGAAGCUAUCGCGAGUGCUUGUAUCUUUCAAGCGUCGUCGUCGUCGCAUUAUUCGGGCGUACUUACGCACUUGGGUGUGUAAAAUGAAAGAAACAACAAAAAAGUGAAAGUAAUUUGCUGUCCACCGAAACCACUUCCAGACACGCAGAGAUCUGGACCACUGACUGACUGUAUCUCAGCCUCAAAAGUGUAGCAAAUGUAGCGUCAAGUGAGCAAUAAUUUCGCACGUUUAGUAAUCUCAGCCGAAUUUCGGCUUCUUUGAUGUUUUGGUGGAAAGCAAUCGCAAGUCCAGAGGUAAAAGGCGCAAUCUUUAUCAUGUGCACGGGUGGUAGACUUUACGAUGCUGGUGUAAAUUGCAUAAUAGUAUCCACGUCUGCUCAUUUCGUCCCAUCACCAUAAUCAUCACAAUGACCUACACCACGAUGAGUGUCAUCAAGAAACGCUCUGGGCUGUCUAGCUCGACAAUGAACAACAACAACCUGGCAAAGUCCUCGCAGCCGGAAAAGGUGGUCGAAUCGUCCAAGACGAUCAACGAAAUCACCCGGACCCACCCAACGGCCUACUUGAUCUUCGGGUCCCUGCUGUUGGAUUUGCUGGCGUUCACCAUGAUCCUGCCACUGUUGCCGUCCAUGCUGGAGUAUUACAAGCAGAACGAUGUAGGAGGGUUGUAUGGGUAUCUAUCGGACAGUAUUAGUAGCUUCCAGGAGUGGGUCGGGGCUCCCAAGCGGUUCAACUCCGUGCUUUUUGGGGGUGCUCUGGGGUCUAUGUUCAGUUUGUUGCAGUUCAUCGUAAGCCCGAUUGCCGGCGGGCUGUCGGACAUCUACGGGCGGAAGCCGGUCAUGAUUGUUUGCGCUGUUGGCAUUGCGGCUUCCUAUGGGCUGUGGGCCUACUCGCAUAACUUUUUGCUCUUUGUGCUGGCUCGAUUUGUCGGUGGCUUGAGUAAAGGCAAUAUCUCAAUUUGUAUGGCCGUUAUCACGGACGUGUCUAACCAGCAGAACCGAGGCAAGGCAAUGGCCCUGGUUGGAAUUGCAUUUUCGUUAGGAUUCAUCGUGGGGCCCAUGAUCGGGGCGAUAUUCUCUCGGUUUGCAGACAAAACCGAUGCGCACUGGUUCUGGUUGCCGGCCAUGUUCGCCAUGGGUCUGGCUGUGCUGGAUGUUGUCUUCAUUGCACUAUGCCUGAAGGAGUCUCUGCCGAAAGAGAAACGAUCGAAGAAGAUCAUCAAUACGCUAUCACAUGCGCUAGACCAUAUCAGUAUUCCGGCAUUGUUCAAAUUUUCAGCUGUGAAGAAUCUUUCCAAGCGGGACAUCGGAUCAUUGCGAAGUCUUGGAUUAGUUUAUUUUAUCUAUCUCUUCAUCUACUCCGGGCUGGAGUUCACCGUCACAUUCCUGAUGUACCAUAAGUUCAACUACACGUCGAUCGAUCAGGCGAAAAUGUUCCUUACCACCGGUGUCAUCAUGGCUCUGCUGCAAGGAUCGGUCGUCCGAAGGUUGCCACAGCGCUUAACGCAGAUUUCAGCCGUCGGUGGGUUGUACUUAAUCAUACCUGCAUUUAUCAUCGUGGGAAUAGCGAAAACCACGCAGAUGCUCUAUCUGGGCAUGAUUCUGUUUGCGAUUUCUACUGCAUUUGUGGUGACCUGUAUGACAACGCUUACGUCCAAAUAUGGCGAUUUUCAUCAGAAGGGAACGGUUUUGGGAGUGUUCCGGUCACUUGGUGCUUUGGCUCGGGCUCUCGGUCCGAUUGUGGCUUCCAUAGCGUUCUGGAGCAUAGGAUCUAGGAUCACUUACGUCGUCGGGGGUGUUUUGUUGGUUUGCCCUACGGUGAUGAUGCAGCUGAUGAAGCUGUCUUGAGCCAGCUGCUGUUUUGUAUGUGUUAUUUCUUAAAGUGUCGUUUUGUUACGUCCGUUUAUAGUAAGUAUGUACUUUAUAAUACUCUUUCUAUACAGUAUUUUUGAGUAUUGUCAUUCCGUGUUCGUUUACGACACACAACUGCAAUAAGAAUAGAUCAAUAAAUUAUUUUUUGAUAAA